UAAAUAUUAUUGCACUUAAAAUAAUGAUGCUAACCAUGCAGCCUAGCAACCUAUCGUAAAUUAUUUUAAGAAAAUGUAUAAAGAUAGGCACGAAAGACAAUUACAAUUUCUAUGUUGGAUACUUGUUGCGAUACCAGUGGUGUCAGCCGGCAUCGCUUGCCUUGCCAAUCCUUGCCUGCACGGCAUUUGCAUUGAUGAUAUAAACAGCACGUUUGCCUGUUAUUGCAUCGAUGGAUACACCGGGGUGCAAUGUCAAACGAACUGGGACGAGUGUUGGUCGAAUCCAUGCCAGAACGAUGGCGUGUGCAUUGACGGUGUCGCUACUUACAAUUGUUCUUGUCCAGACGGAUUUAUAGGAGAUAAUUGUGAAACCAACUUCAAUGAGUGCGAAUCCAACCCUUGCCGAAACAACGGCACAUGUAUCGACAUGACAAACGAAUAUAUCUGUCAUUGUAUACCCGGCUUCUCUGGAGAGCAUUGUGAGCUGGACGUUGCCGUUUGUAACUCCACUGAAGAGGAGAGGUGUUAUAAUGGCGGAGAAUGUAUAGAAGGACCUGGCUUUAAAUUUUAUUGCAAAUGUUCAGCAGGUUGGGCAGGUACAAAAUGUGAGGAGCAAAUUGACGAAUGCCAAUCUGAUCCGUGUAAAAAUGGUGGGAUUUGUAUUGACGUACACGCUGAUUAUAUGUGUGCAUGUGCUUACGGUUUUACAGGCAAAGAUUGUGAAGUUCAAAUUGAGUUUUGCGACGAAGACUCUUGCAGUAAUAAUGCUCUAUGCGUGGUGGAAGAUGGCGUCCGAAUUUGCUAUUGCGUUCCUGACUAUCACGGCGAAAGAUGCGAACUGCAAUAUGACGAGUGUCUCCUUGGGCCGAGGUGCAUGAAUGGAGGCACAUGUAUUGACGGUGUCGAUAACUUUACAUGCUCAUGUCCACCGAGGCUUACUGGAGCUUUAUGCGAAUGUUUUAUACUUGAUGAUGAGAGUUACGAUUGUGAGUACGUAAGCUCAACUUUAUAUCCGGUUUAUAAUGGAACUAUUGUUUUUUCAACAACAUAUUCAGAGUCCACAACUACAGGUAGUAUAACGACAAUUGAUUUUACUAAAUACAACAUGAGUACCGACACUGGUACUUCAGAUGUUAUCCCGGAAACUUCUACCUGGAAGACUUCCAGUGAUCCGCUAACUGUUAUUACUUCUGUUGCUAUAAGCACCGAAAAGUCAUCGACAAAUACAGAAAUAAGCACUACGACAAAUAUAUCUAAAAUCGAUGAACCAGAUUUAACUACGAUAAUAACUGAUACAUCAAUAAUAACAGAAUCAACAACAAUAAAGACAGAUUUAACAACAGAAACCAUAACUUCAUUAAUAACACAAGAAACAUUAGAAAGUGACAAUAAUAAAAUUGAAACCACAACAGAAUGUAUUGACUCUUGUAUAAAAUAUAACGUAUCCACAAUAAACUUACCACCUGAAUUAACAACUGUUUCGUCGACUGUAACAAGUUCAUCGUCUAUAACACCUAAACAAUCAACUCAAGUAACAUUGGUAAAUGAAGAAACAUCGACAACUAAAACAACUGCAAAUGCAACGGAAACAGAAACGACGUCAAUUACAGAACCGACAACAAAGCUAGAGAUGGAUACUAUUACCACAAGCCCUCAACUUGAUUCACACACUGACAAAAUGUUUACCGAUACGCCCAUAGACAUUACAGAUUACACAUCUACUGCUUAUUCGACUGAAACAAUGGAAUCGAGUACUGGACAAGAUACUACACAAUCAUACCCAAGUCACUCAGAAUGUACAGAUUUUCUUUGUAAUAAUCAUGGAACUUGCAUUAACGGACUACAUGGUAUUAGAUGUCACUGUCUUUUUAAUUAUGGCGGGAGAUUUUGCGAAGAAGAAAUUAUCAUAAAAUCAGCUGCAUUCGAUGGAAAUUCAUUUAUAUCUCAUCAAGUCAGAAACUCUACUUCAAUAGCAAUACAAUUUAAUGCAAAAACUCUCAUAACCGAUGGACAAAUAAUGCACGUGGAUAUAGUCAAAGGGUCAUAUAUGAAACUUUUUAUGAACUUUGGUUUAUUAAAGUUUGAAUUUUCUUGUGGUUACCAGACAAUGCUUUUAAGUGAAUUAAAAACUUACGUCAAUAAAGGAUAUCUUAUGAAAAUUGAAACGAGGUUGGAUUUGUAUUUAAAAGAAAACCACUGCAACGGUACUCUUCGUCUUAACGAUACUGUGGCUAUGAGCGGAGGACAAGUCGCUAGCUUAACGUCUCUCGAUAAAAAUACUAUUUUAUUCUUUGGAAAUGUUCCAUACACCAAUCACUCUGAUAACAAACCAUUUGUCGGUUGCAUAAAGGACUUGAUUGUAAAUGGUGAAAAACGUGAUAUAUUUAGAGACGCUUUCGACGCGGCUGCAGUUACAGAGUGUUCUUCUUUAUCCUGUUUAUCUUCACCGUGUCUGAACGGAGGCACGUGUAGUGAUCGAGGUGAUAGCUAUGCUUGUUCCUGCGCUAAUGGGUGGAUAGGAAACCAUUGCAACCAAUCUGUAUGCGACCACAAUCCCUGUCAGUCUGGGGGCAGCUGCAUUCCUCAUCCAGGAAGCGGAUUCUUGUGUCUAUGUCCUUACGGCAAACAUGGCAUAUUUUGCGAGUAUAAUGUUGAAAUAACUCGUCCGUCAUUAUCACCUAUAUCAACUGGACUUUCUACGUACGUGAUGUACCCUUUGUCUUCUGCUGCUAUAAAUUCAGAUCGCUUCGAUUUGCGCCUGCGCUUUCAAACAGCGGAUAUGGAUCAGAUCGCUCUAUUGGCGUAUGUCGGACAGAGUGGACGACAUGAUUCCAAAAGUCAACAUAUAGCUUUGACAUUCGUGAAGGGCUAUAUUAUGUUAACUUGGAAUAUGGGAAGUGGUCCGCGGCGUCUGUUCACGUCGCGCGCGCUGGGGGCGCGGCGCGGCGGCCACGUGGUGCGCGUGUGGCGGCGCGGCCGCAGCGCUGGCCUCGUCGUCGACGGCCGGUUCAACGUCACCGGGAACGCACCCGCCGGCCGCUCCAAUAUGACACUCCUGCCUUACAUCUAUAUUGGCGGUCACCCAUCCAAGGAUUUCCGUGAUCUGCCCCAUGAUAUCCCGCUGCACAGCGGCUGGCGCGGCUGCGUGUGGGAGGUAGCGGGGCAAGCGGUGGGCGCGGGCGCCGUGGGGGGGCGAGGAGUGGGGCAGUGCGGGGUCGCGCAGUGCACUGCCAAGUCCUGCAAUGCUCCACGAGGAGUGUGUAUACACUCGCCAGCUACUUAUGGAUGUAUAUGCAACGAAGGUUGGUUUGGUGCGACGUGUGCCACUGUGCACAGUCCUUGCGACAGUUCACGAUCGCAGUGUAAAGGAGCGUGCGUCAUAACCAUUGAUGACGCACAGUGUGACUGUCCUUAUGGCAGAACUGGAAUCAAUUGUGAUCAAGAUUUAGUUCCAAUAGAUAUGCUAUUUACCGGUACAAGAUCUUACUUAACACUCCACCCGCGGUCUAUAUCGAGCGUCAGUUUAUCCCUGGAAGCGGAAAUCAAACCCAUGAAGGAGCGAGGACUUGUGAUUUUUGUAAAGACUCCUCAUUUCUAUACGGCUCUUUCGCUCCAAGGUGGUUUAUUGGAGUAUCGAUGGACAGAUCAUCUCUCCGGUCUGACGUCACUAGUUCGAUCUGGGGUGGUAGUGUCAAUGUCGCAAUGGCACAACGUGAAGGCUGGUCGUUAUGGUAACAGGCUGUAUGUGUGGGUGGACGGAGCACUGAGCACUGAACCGAUGUUAGCUCAUGCCUAUCCUCACACGGCCAGCGAUGCAUCUAUUGUUAUAGGUGGAGCAAAAGACUUGUCGACUCUUCCCUUCGACGUGAUGUCUGGACCACCAGAAUCAUACAGCGGAUGUCUUAGAAAUUUUCAAGUUAACAAUAUAUUGCUGCCACUUGAAAAACAGAAUAUUCAAGAGGGUCAGAAUAUCGGAGCUUGUGAGGGUGCCGCUUGCAGUGGUACAAGUCUGAGUAGUAGUUUGAGAUGUCGUCGUGCUGCGUGUCGUCCAAACCAAUGCGGGACUGGACGCUGCUAUAAGGGGCGCUGUCUCUGUCCCGCUGGGCUAACUGGAUUACGGUGUGAGCAGCAUAUAAACGUGACCAUCCCGCAAUUCGACGGAGAAGCCCUAUUGUCGGUAUCGCGUGGGCCGUCCGCACGUUCCGGACAACGCCUCAGCUCGGCCGCUUCGACACCUUCCCGCGUUUCACUCAAUUUCACCACCGCUGAACCUAACGGUCUUCUCCUAUGGAUUAAUAUGGGAUCCGAUUAUUUAGGUUUAGGUCUAGAAAACGGAUACAUUAAGUUGACGUGGUCUUUAAAUUGUAAUAACUCAUCUAAACAGCAAAAAACUAGAGACUAUUUAGCCAUACCACCUAAACUAAUAUCUAGUCUAGUGCAAGCAGGAUUCAUGGCAAACGGGGAAUGGCAUUCAAUAGUGUUGAUAUUUAAAAAAUAUAUAACCAUUACUGUUGAUCAAAAGACCUACAUAGAAGAACAAUGUUAUAACGAUUUGGACCAUGAAGAUACUGAUUUGUAUAUAGGCGGAAUUGUUAAUGAAGAUAUCGAAGCAAAAAAAAUGUUUCCCCUCAACUUCAGAGGCUGCAUUGACAAAAUCUCUACAAAAGAAGGGAUUAUUUUGACCAACUACACCGAAGUUUACACUGAAAACAUCCAAUCAUGUCAAUUAUUCCCGACGGCUUAGGAUGUGAGAAUCAAAAAGAUUCUUGUACGGAAACAAAAUAAUUUUCAUUAUUGUUACAAUUCGUUUCAGCAUAACACUGCCGUAGGGCUGUCAUCGGGGGGAUGAUGAUUUUAUCCCUAUAAUAUGAUUAAU